AGCCGAGCGCUCGGAGCUCAGAAACUGCCAGCAGAGAUCCCAGAAGCUGCACCUAAGACUGAAGGAGGGAAGAAGAGAGGAGAGAGAUAGGUUAGAGAGAGAGGUAGAGGGAAAGAGGUUAGGAAAAAACGGCAGGCAAGAAACUGCUCACUACAUUUUUAAAGAGCAAGACUGAAGACAGUUAAGAAGAAAAGAGAUUGGAAAUGCCCCUGAAUGAAAACAAGGGGAGAGAAAUAUCUAAGAAGAGAAAUUCAACCAGAAAACCGAAGGGAAUGAAAGUUUGAUGCUGAAAAGCAUUGGGGCUUUUUUUCUACAUAAAAUCACGCUGGUUACAAACAUUUUUUUUGCUUGUGCUUUUUACCAGUGGUUUAUUAUUAUUAUUAAUUAAGAGGCAUGUUCAACGGUUCCAGCGGCAUCUCUCCCUUCUGCUCCUUCUCUUCUUCUUCCUCAUUCUGCUUUUCCUUCUCCUCCUUCUCCUCCUCCUCCUCUUCCUCCUCCUCCUCCUCCUCCUCCUCCUCCCAUCAGCAGGAAGACAAACCGAGGACAGUCUUGAAAUAUCGAAAUUUCCUCCUUGGGAUUUGCCUGCACUGCUCUGCGCCAAGACUAUCGGAAUAAAUAAAAGAAGCUGAAAUACUGUAUUAUCAUUAUCUUAUUAAUUGGCCAGUGGUAAGAUUACAGAUGAGGAGCGGGGACGUCUGCCUUCCUUCGUGUGCCAAGCGCGAAAAAGGAGAGGCUGUAUGGUGGGGGGUAGAACCCUAAAAUGAAGCAAAAGGAAUACUAAAUCUUUCCAAGACACCCCAGCCCCGGCAGUCCUGCCACGUAGUGCACUUUUAUUCAUAUUUUUUGGAGGAUUUUGCUGGGGGGUGGGGUGCUUGGGGGGCUGUUGGCUGCGGAGAAACCUUUCCUUUUUUCCCUGUUGGAGAUGAUUGUGCUAUUAUUCUUUGCCUUCCUCUGGAUGGUGGAGGGAGUCCUUGGCCAGCUGCACUACACGGUGCAGGAAGAGCAGGAGCAUGGCACGUUCGUGGGCAAUAUCGCCGAAGAUCUGGGCUUGGACAUUACAAAACUUUCGGCUCGCCGUUUCCAGACGGUCCCCAAUUCAAGGACCCCCUAUUUGGACCUUAACCUGGAGACCGGGGUGCUGUACGUGAACGAGAAGAUCGACCGCGAACAGAUCUGUAAGCAGAGCCCUUCGUGCGUCCUGCACCUGGAGGUCUUCCUGGAAAACCCGCUGGAGCUGUUCCGGGUGGAGAUCGAAGUAUUGGACAUAAAUGACAACCCACCAGCCUUCCCAGAGCCGGACCUGACUGUGGAGAUCUCAGAAAGCGCCACGCCGGGUACCCGUUUCCCACUGGAGAGCGCCUUCGACCCAGACGUGGGCACCAACUCCCUGCGCGACUACGAGAUCACCCCCAACAGCUACUUUUCUCUUGAUGUCCAGACCCAGGGCGAUGGCAACCGCUUCGCCGAGCUAGUACUGGAGAAACCGCUGGACCGGGAGCAGCAGGCGGUGCACCGCUACGUGCUGACCGCCGUGGACGGGGGAGGUGGAGGAGAAGGAGGAGGGGCAGGAGGCGCCGGGGGAGGGGGCUCACCCCCACAGCAACAGCGCACGGGCACGGCCCUGCUCACUAUCCGAGUGCUGGACUCCAACGACAAUGUGCCCUCCUUCGACCAACCCGUUUACACAGUGUCCCUGCCUGAAAACUCGCCCCCAGGUACUCUGGUCAUUCAGUUGAAUGCCACGGACCCAGAUGAGGGCCCGAACGGUGAGGUGGUGUACUCAUUCAGCAGCCACAUCUCACCGAGGGCGCGGGAGCUCUUCGGUCUGUCCCCGCGUACUGGCCGCCUGGAGGUGAGCGGGGAGCUGGACUAUGAGGAGAGUCCAGUCUAUCAGGUCUAUGUACAAGCCAAGGACUUGGGGCCCAACGCCGUGCCGGCACACUGCAAGGUACUAGUGCGGGUGCUGGACGCCAAUGACAACGCACCCGAAAUCAGCUUCAGCACAGUCAAGGAAGCUGUGAGUGAGGGCGCGGCGCCGGGCACCGUGGUUGCUCUGUUCAGUGUGACUGACCGCGAUUCCGAGGAGAACGGGCAGGUGCAGUGUGAGCUGCUGGGUGACGUGCCGUUCCGUCUCAAGUCCUCCUUCAAGAACUACUACACUAUCGUGACCGAGACCCCGCUGGACCGGGAGGCAGGGGACUCGUACACUUUGACAGUGGUGGCCCGGGAUCGCGGCGAGCCAGCAUUGGCCACCAGCAAGUCCAUCCAGGUGCAGGUGUCAGACGUGAACGACAACGCUCCGCGCUUCAGCCAGCCUGUCUACGACGUGUAUGUGACCGAGAACAACGUGCCAGGCGCCUACAUCUACGCUGUGAGCGCCACCGACCGAGACGAGGGGGCCAACGCCCAGCUCGCCUAUUCCAUCCUGGACUGUCAGAUCCAGGGCAUGAGCGUCUUCACUUACGUGUCCAUCAACUCAGAGAAUGGUUACUUGUACGCGCUGCGCUCCUUCGAUUACGAGCAGCUGAAAGACUUUAGCUUCCAAGUGGAAGCCCGGGACGCAGGCAGCCCGCUGGCCCUCGCAGGCAACGCCACUGUCAACAUCCUCAUUGUAGACCAGAAUGACAACGCUCCCGCCAUCGUGGCGCCCCUGCCCGGGCGCAACGGGACUCCAGCGCGCGAGGUGCUACCUCGCUCAGCAGAACCUGGCUAUCUUCUCACGCGGGUGGCGGCAGUGGACGCAGACGACGGAGAGAACGCCCGCCUCACUUACAGCAUCGUGCGGGGCAAUGAGAUGAGUCUAUUCCGCAUGGACUGGCGCACGGGGGAGCUCCGCACCGCGCGCAGGGUGCCGGCCAAGCGCGACCCCCAGCGGCCUUACGAGCUGGUGAUAGAGGUGAGGGACCACGGGCAGCCUCCGCUAUCGUCCACCGCAACGCUGCAGGUGCAGCUGGUCGACGGAGCAGUGGAAUCCUUGGGCGGCAGUGGUGGAGGCGGAGCAGGAGGGGGUCCUGGUGGAGAACACCAGCGCCCUAGCCGCUCAGGCGGCGGGGAGACCUCGCUGGAUCUCACCCUCAUUCUUAUCAUCGCCCUGGGCUCGGUGUCUUUUAUCUUCCUACUGGCUAUGAUAGUGUUGGCAGUACGCUGCCAGAAGGAGAAAAAGCUUAACAUAUACACGUGCCUGGCCAGCGACUGCUGCCUUUGCUGCUGCUGCUGCUGUGGGGGUGCAGGCGGCGGGGGCUCUUCCUGCUGUAGCCGCCAAGCUCGGGCGCGCAAGAAGAAGCUCAGCAAGUCGGACAUUAUGUUGGUUCAGAGCUCCAAUGUACCCAGCAACCCCGCGCAGGUACCAGUGGAGGAGUCCGGAGGGUUCGGUUCCCAUCACCACAACCAGAACUACUGCUAUCAGGUCUGCCUGACUCCAGAGUCUGCCAAGACCGACUUGAUGUUCCUCAAGCCCUGCAGCCCUUCCCGGAGUACUGACACUGAGCACAACCCUUGCGGGGCCAUCGUCACUGGCUACACUGACCAGCAGCCCGAUAUCAUCUCCAACGGCAGCAUACUGUCCAACGAGACUAAACAUCAGCGAGCAGAGCUCAGUUAUCUAGUUGACAGACCUCGUCGGGUAAACAGUUCUGCAUUCCAGGAAGCUGACAUAGUAAGCUCUAAGGACAGUGGACAUGGAGACAGUGAGCAAGGAGACAGUGACCAUGAUGCCACCAACCGGGGUCAGUCUUCUGGCAUGGAUCUCUUCUCCAACUGUACUGAGGAGUGUAAAGCUUUGGGCCACUCGGAUCGAUGCUGGAUGCCUUCCUUUGUCCCCUCAGAUGGACGCCAGGCAGCAGAUUACCGCAGCAAUCUGCAUGUUCCCGGGAUGGACUCUGUGCCAGAUACUGAAGUGUUUGAAACACCAGAAGCCCAGCCUGGGGCAGAGAGGUCUUUCUCCACCUUUGGUAAAGAGAAGGCCCUUCACAGCACUCUGGAGAGGAAGGAGCUGGAUGGACUGCUGUCUAAUACACGAGCGCCUUACAAACCACCAUAUUUGACACGGAAAAGGAUAUGCUAGUCAAUUCUACAGAACUUACCUGACGCAGCAUGAUUUGCACAAAAAGUCAACCAACAAAAGCAUCAACUUUUCAACUUCAUUAUCUUGGCCAUCCAGUUCUGUGUAACUGAGAAUUCGAUUGCUGUUGGAGUCACCAGGGCCCACAAUCAGACAGAAUUGCUCUCAGCAGGCCUGAGAAAUGAGUUGAAAUGUGCAGAACUGUAGAACCUUCAGAGGCAACUGACCUUGCUUCUCUGAUCAGUGUGUGCCUGUUUACAGCACUAUAUAUCUUUCUCUCUCCAAAAUGUCACUGAGCCCUCUAGAUGUUUAUAUUCACCACAAGAAGCCAAUCGUACAAGAUAAAGGAAAUUUGUGCAUUAUAAAUGCAAUAUCACUGUUUUAAACUUGACUGUUUUAUAUUAUUUUUGUGUGAUCAAGUGUUCCCUCCAAACUAUUCCAACUUUACAAGAGAGAUUGUGAUCAUGUUCUUUUUCACCUGUGGGUCAUCGAAAUGUUGUUCCUCCGAAGACCCACAAAAUAUCAAAGACAUUCUCUGUAGUUUAUACACCGUGUUGCAAAGUGUUUACUGUAAUAUUUCAAAGCUUCUAAAUAAAUAUAAAAAUAUAUAUAUUAUAUUAUAUUAUAUAUAAUUUUCCUGAAAAUGUGGUACAAUUUAGUUGGUUUUUAAAUGGAUUAAUAGAGUUCACAGCAUACACUCAAGCAAAAAGGUAAUUCAGGGUCCCAAAGCUAACCUUACUAAGACAAAAAAACAUCUUUAAUGGCAUUUCCCCAGUUUUCAUAAUCUUGAUCAAUCCUGUUUUUUCUUGUUUUUUUUUUUUUAAACUCUAAGCAACAAAAUUUUGUCUAAAACUUGUACUGAAUUUUCAAUGCCAAAGACACAGCUGUCAACGUUACCAGGCUGAACACUGACUAUGUUGUCAAAGGAUUGAACAUUUACAUUCUUUUGCUCCUAUUUCUAUGGUGUUUAAUUUAGGAUCAUGUAGAAUUUUGUAUAAGGGAAUCUAUAAAUUCACCUGUAUAUGUUGUGAAAAAUGGAAACUAAAAAAAAAAAAUUGGGUGUCUGUACAUUUUGCUAUGUAAAAUAUGUAGCUGAAAAAUACUAUUUUAAGAAACUCCUCCCAAAUCAUAUAAAUCACACAGACCUUUAUUUUACAAAGCUUUGUGGAAACCUAACUAUAUAGAAAGAAAGUAAACUUUUUAUAAAUCUCUUUAUGUGACAUAUAGAGAGAUAUAUAAAUAUUAUUUUGUCCUGUUAAAACAACAAAUAAGUUAGGAAGACUUCAAUUAAAAUUAAUACAUAUGGAAUUAUGGACAUGGUUCAUUAAAAUUUCACUUAUAGUUUAAACGUAUUUGGAAUGUUUUAUUAAUGAGAUUAAUGAGAAAAGUCUUCAUGAAACCAAGCCUUGCAAAGUAAAGCUUGCCUUACUUUUAUGUCAUCAGAGUUAAUGAUUAAAUUUAGUGAGAUUCAUUUUCCUCUGUUUUACAUAUUUUAUUGUUGUUUUCCUAUGGCUGUUUAUUAUGUGUUAAAACACAUUACAAAAAGCGUCUGUGUUAUCAGCAGAUAUGUUUAGAAAAGCAAUUAACAGGAGGAGAAAUUAGUCCUAUUAGUCUGUGACAUGAUCUUUCAAGGAAGGGUAGAAGCCUCAUUCCUCACCUCUAGCCUUUAAUUUCCUGUGCCCAUGCAGAAUUUUAGAAAUGUUUCGAAAAUAUUUAACUUUAAAUUUAACUGGCAUCAUAUCUGGUGCUUUGGCUAAUAGUUCAUUCAUUUAGAGACAAACUGACUAUGAACACCAUGUAUUUUGAAAUAAUUAGCAUAUCUUACAAGCUCAUUUUGAGACCCAUUUUAGUUAAACCUAAAACCAUGGGUAAAAUGAUUCUUCUACCCCUAAAGCUCAGAAAUGUAUAAAUGAUUUGGACACCUAUAACAACCAUAUUUAUUUGUAUAUAUUCACUUGGGCAUCUUUAACAGAACUAUAACAUUACUAUUUAUAUUUAUUUAGGAUUAAGUAGUUUGAUGAGUUGUGUAUCUCAGUUUCUUAAAGGAUACACUUAAUAAGGUUUGCAGUCUAUUUCAUUUUUUAGGAAGCUGCCCGUGUGCUGUCAUUGCUUAUAAGGAAAGAAUAUGAUAUUUGUCAUUGAAAAUCUCUAUUUUACUUUCAGGUCUUCCAUGCAUUAGGAUCAUUUUACCUCCAUGGAGAAAAAAACACAAAUCUUUUUUUUUUUCCUUUAUUACAGGUUCAUUAAAUUAUAUUUUAUCUCCUUUUUAUUUAUUCAACACAUCUACUCCAUGAAAUUUGAAAGAAAUCAAAAUCAUUUUUUAAUUAUUUGACCUCCUCAUGAACAAAUUAUUCUCUCCUGGGCCUAAGUCUGUGUAAAUCUAUUUAUAUUUUAUUUAUUUAUCUUACAUGAUGCCUUAGGGAUUUAUUCUCUUAGGUUGGACUUUAAUAAUUGAAUUCUGCCAUGAAUCUUAAAAAAAAAAGACUUCCAACAAAUUAUAUAUAGAAUUUCAUGAUAUAGAGAAUAAAAUGACAUAAUUAUGCCCCCUAAUCAACUGGCUAUUUAAAGAAAGCAUGAGCUAGAAGUCAUUGCAUUUCAUAGAAAGUGAGGAAUGAAGUCAAUUGGCUUCAAAGUUAGCAGUGAGCAGAAGGGAAAUGAAACUCAACUGAUGAAAAUUUAAGAGUUUUGGUUUGCUAUUUGUAUUUCCUGAAUUGAUAUAUAGGACAUUUAUACAUAUGUGUGUGUAUAUAUAUGCAUAUAUGUGUACAUGUGUGUAUAACACAUUAAUGCAUAUGUAUUAUAUUUAAAUAUGGCUAUCCCAUCAAUCAGAUUAUCCUUUUUCAAAAUUCUCCCCUAUAUCUAGUAAUCAAAUAAAAAUAUUCUCAGAUAAUUGAACAAAGUCUUCCAUCAAAUGAAAUAUUCAGAAGGGAAAUAUAAAAAAAAUCCAGUUAUUCAUUUCAUCCCCUCCUAGCUAACAUGUAUAGUCUUUAGCGCAGUAAGGAAUCAACAGAUUUUCCUGUGGAAAUAAUGUCUUAAUGUUUCAAAAGUAUGUCAAAUGACAAUUUAAAAAUAUGUUUCAUCAUUGGUAAACAUUCCUAAUUAUAACAUGGGAAUCACAUUGAUGG